AUAGGAUCUCAUACUUGAGCAGGGAAUUGGAUUAGAAGUCCUCCAAGAUCCCUUCCAACCUUGUUAUUCUGUGUUCUAAAACAAGAAAAUACAGGUUUUAAAAAUGAAUGGGUGCUGAAUGAACAUGAACUGAAUAUAAAAGUGAUGGGCUGGCACAAAAGAAGGUCAUACAGAGACCUGAAUGGAAUGAGAAUCAAAUUGCAAAGCAAAUAUAAGAACGAAAAGUGAAUAGGUUGAAAGAAACUACAGAGUUCAAUAUGAUUGGAGUCAAGGAGAUCUUUAAAAAGGGAAAGCUAAGAAAUUUAAAUAUCAAAAGAUAUAUAUGAAUCAGUAUAUGAACACAGUAGAAGCAAGAUUAAUUUGCUAGAAUAAAAAAUUAUGUAAAAGGUACAGUGAAUAAUACUAGAGUAAAGUAGUUGAGUAUAUUUUCUUUUAUUUUUCUUAUCUUCUGUCUUUAAUUUUUUUUUCUUUUGGCUAUCUAUUUCUUUCUCCUGUUCUGCACUCUGCCCAAUGUUGCUUACCCUGAAAGAGAAUAGCCGGAUAGGUGUAUAUAUAUGUUCAUUGUGCAACAAUUCUCCAGGAAUCUGCAGCUUCCUGGCUUCCCAUAUUUCAGUGAAAUCUCCCAAGAAGCAAUAAUGAAGGAAUUUCUUCCAUGGGCAUUUUUCAUAAUGGAAGUGUUACCAAUUCCAAAGCUAAAGUAAAUUCAAAACCACCAGCAAAAGAAAUUCUACAGAAAUUCUGAAGCAUCCUAAGAGUAAGGUAGAAAAAGAGAAACUUCUUUUGCAGGGAAAAAAAAUCUUUGAAAAACUGAAAGGCAAAUUUCAGCACAGCAUCCACAUAAAAAAUUAUAUGCUGGCAAACAUGGAAGCAAUAUUAUGGCAGACAUCGGUUACAGUUUUCUACAGAGCCUCUGGGUGUCGCUGUUCGCCAAUUUGGUAGUGAAAUUGUUUUAAAGUUCCAACCGUCGCGUUUGCAAUUUCUCUGAAACAUCCGGACAAAAUAUAUAAGAGAUAACAUUGCACGGAAUGUUCUGAAGGCAACUUUUAUGUGGAAUUUGUCAGAUUGUAAAGACAAUGGAAGAAACACAGAGGCUGCAAAGCUAUAAAAAGAAGAUCUUCCAAUACCUUAUCACAAUAUUCGUUUGGAAAGCAAUUUCUGGGAACAUUCAUUAUGUUAUUAGAGAAGAAACACCAAUUGGUUUUUUUGUGGGGAACAUUGCAAUGGAUUUAGGAAUAGAUGGCAAUAAUCUUUCAGAAUAUGGACUACGGAUUGCAACCAGGACAGGUAUGGUUCAAUAUUUUGCUUUGAAUUAUAACAAUGGCUAUUUACAAACCUCUGAAAGAAUAGACAGAGAAAAAAUCUGUGGAUGGGCAGAGAACUGUGUUUUAAAUUUUGAGAUUAUUAUUGAGAGCAAAAUAGAGAUUUACAGGGUUGAAGUGAAAAUUACAGACAUAAAUGAUAAUGCUCCUCAGUUUAUACCUGGGAAACAUGAAAUCAAAAUCAGUGAAUUAUCUACUCCAGGAUCCCAAUUUCCUUUACCUGAAGCUCAAGAUCCAGAUCUGGGCAUAAACUCUAUACAGAGAUAUGAACUUACCAGUAAUAGUCAUUUUUCUCUGGAUAUGCAAAUAAAAGCAAAUGGUGCCAGACAGGGUGAGCUUGUGCUGAAAAAACAUCUGGAUCGGGAACAGCAAUCAACGUAUGAUUUAAUCUUCACAGCUAGUGAUGGAGGUGAACCAGUGAAAUCUGGAAGCGCUAGAAUCCAAGUCAUUGUUCUGGAUGCAAAUGAUAAUGCACCGAUUUUUAGCCAAUCUAUUUAUGAAGUCAGUAUUGAGGAGAACAUUCUUAAAGGCUUCACAAUUCUUACAGUACGAGCUAUUGAUCUGGAUGAAGGACUCUAUGGAGAGAUAAAUUAUUCAUUCAAAAAAAUCACAAAAGAAGAUUCCAAAAUAUUUACUUUAAAUUCAACAUCUGGUAUAAUAACUAUUAUGGGGAAUCUUGAUUAUGAAGAAUCGUCCUUACAUGAAUUUGAAGUGAAAGCCGAGGAUGGAGGGGGAUUAUGUGAUUGGGCAAAAGUUUUGGUCAUUGUAAUGGAUCUUAAUGACAAUGCACCUCAAGUAACAAUAUCAUUUUUCAUCAAUUCUAUAUCUGAAAAUUCACCAAAAGGAGCAGUUAUUGCCCUCCUUAAUGUACAAGAUGAUGACUCAGGAAUCAAUGGGGAGGUCACAUGCUCACUUACCAAUAACUUCCCAUUCCAAUUUAAAAAAUCUCUCAAUAAUUUCUAUAGGUUGGUAACAUGCAAUGAUCUUGAUAGGGAACUUAUAUCAGAUUAUAAAAUAAGCAUUACAGCUACUGAUCAUGGAAAUCCACCACUCACUACAGUCACUGAAAUCUUUCUCCAGAUUCUAGAUACAAAUGACAACCCUCCAGAGUUUCUGGAAUCAAAAUAUACCUCCUACCUUCUAGAAAAUAACCCAAAAGGAGCCUCAGCCUUUUCCCUCAAAGCAAGUGACCCAGACUGGGAAGAAAAUGCCAGAAUAACUUACUCCAUCAUUGAGAGCCAAAUGAAGGACUUGCCCCUCUCCUCCUAUCUCUCCAUUAAUUCUGAGACAGGGACCGUCUAUGCCCUAAGCUCCUUGGACUAUGAGGAGAUUCAAGAGAUUCAGUUCCAGGUCAAGGCUCAGGAUGGAGGAUCCCCAUCGCUCAGCUCUAAUGUCUCGGUGACUCUCUUCAUCCUGGACCAGAAUGACAAUGUGCCAGAGAUCCUGCACCCCUCCCCUCCCACUGAUGGCUCCACUGGGAUAGAGCUGGCCCCUCGCUCUUCUGAGCCAGGUUACCUGGUCACUAAAGUAGUGGCAGUAGAUGCAGACUCUGGCCAGAAUGCCUGGCUCUCCUACCAGCUGAUCAGAGCAACAGAACCAGGGCUCUUCACCGUGGGACUGCACACUGGCGAGAUCAGGACUGCUCGGCUUUUUCUGGAGAAAGAUGCCCUGAAGCAAAUCCUGGUGGUUUUAGUGAAGGACAAUGGGCAGCCGCCUCUCUCUGCCUCGGUCACUCUCACGGUGGUUCUGGCUGACAACAUCCCUGAAAUUCUCUCAGAUCUGAGCAACAUCUCAGUUCCUGUAGAUCCUCAGUCAGACCUCACUUUCUACUUAGUGACUGCAGUGGCUUUUGUCUCCUGCUUAUUCUGUACCUUCCUCCUUGUGCUACUGGCAAUUAGAGUGUAUAGAUGGAGGAAUUCAAAAUUGUUAGAGUCAAGAAGUGUACAUUUUAGUGGUGUCCCAGUGUCACAAUUUGUUGGGAUGGAUGGAGUCCGAGCCUUUCUUCAGUCUUAUUGCCACACUAUUUCACUCACCAGAGAUUCUAGAAAAAGCCACUGCAAUUUUCAUGAGGAAAACUGUUCAAAUACUCUGACCAAUCAACCUCUAACCUGUGGGGUGAGUGACCCUAUCCUAGCCUAUGGGGAUUUAAACUCGAAGAAUGAUGAGCAAAUCUUAGUUAAGAGCCAUCUUUCUGUCUGACUCUCCUCUUCAAUAAACUACAACCUUCUUUCUAAAGCAGUCUCCAUGUUUGUUUAUUCCUGGCUUGGACUGGAUCCUGAUGAAGAUUUUUCCUUCAACACCAGCAAGAAGUGAGAAAUUGUUAAGUGAGCACUAUCUGCGUUGUUGGCACAUUACCCCACUCUGAUUGUCAAAAUGAAUACUUCUUUCUCUAAAUAAUGCCAAAGAUUAAAUGAGCAGGUUGGACCCUUUCAUAUGUGAUGGUAAUAUUAUAAAGCUCCAAAUCUUGGGAAAUGAUUCAUAAUAAUAUAAUUUUAAAGGUUGUAAUUUAACUUGAGAUAUCUCUAUUAAAUUCACCAAAGUAUGUAUAUCCCUUCAAAAUUUAUUGAACUAGUAGUUCCUUAUUCUCAAUUUCUUGUAUACUAUGCAUAUUUAUUUUGCUAAAUUUUUGAGUUGCUGUCUUCCCCUCCAUGAAAUGUUAUUUCUUUUACAUCCAAAGCCACUGGAGAUUCAGAGGCUAUUAAAGCAAUAAAACAGAAGAAUAAAUGAAAUUGCUAGAAUGCUUGUUCCUUGAAACAGUUUCAGUAGACAGAUGAUCUCUUCUAGAGGUUUUCUCCACUUUUAACUCCAACCAGUUUGUCCAAAUGAAGCAAAUCAGAAGUAAUUCAGAAAUUACCAAAAGCUAACACAAAGUUACAAUAAUUUUCCCUGGUAGCUACCAUCCCCUUACUCUGCCAACAGUCCGAUCUCACAUGACAAAACUCAGCUGUAUAUUUAGGUCUAGAAACUUCACUUAAUUGAUGCCAGAGGUCCUUCCAGCCAUGACUUUUCUUCUUGAUUCCUAAGAAGGUCUUUGUGGUAGGGAAAGCAUAGGAUCCUUGUUUUCAUUUUCUAACCAUACAUUCUCUAUCAAACCAGGGAUUGGAAUAAAAAAGUGUUCCAUAUAAUGAAGUAGAUUCUUAUAAAAGGAGGAAUAUCCUGUCUAAGAAAUUUGCAAAUUAAAUUGUAGUCACAUCCUCCAAUGGGUUGCUAUUAAUGAGCUUAAUGGGUUUAAUGAAGCUGCUUAUAAAGACGAUGAUAUGGUACUGAAGACCAUGAAUGUGUAUACAAAAAUAUGAACAUAGAACAAAGAACAGAAUAGAAAUAGUAAACAGAAGAAGUCAUGAGAUUUAGAGGGAUGAGAUGGAUCAAGGCUAGUGUUAAGAAAAUAAAGAGGAAGGAAGGAAGAAGGAAAGGAAAGGAAAGGAAAGGAAGGAAGGAAGUAAGUUAUGUCGUGGGAUAAAAGGAGGAGAAGUGAAUGAGAAAAUGAUGAGUGUGAGGGACUGUGGGGAAGCUGAGAAAGAAAUGAGACCAUGCUAGGGGAUUCAUAAAUACUCUGUCUUUAUGAAUCCCCUAAUAAUAAAGACUACAGGAGCAGGUUCCAAAAUUCUAUACUUUACCUAUAAUCUGUGCACUAAAACAGCUUAUUGAAGUCUCUGUAAUUCUUGCUUCUUUGUACCCUAUUAUGAGGAGCCUGACAGGGGAGAGGACAAUUUAUGAGUAGAAGAUGAGAAGCAUUAACUUAAUGCAAUAUGUAGUGUAUACCAAGCUAUUCAUAUUAAACAUUUGCAUAGAUUUUUGGUUUUAGCUACCUUCAAUUAAACAAGAUGCACCAGCACUUUCCAAUUCUUGACUCCCUUCUAAUCUCCUUAGAAAACCCACUGG